AUGUUGUCUUUCAUUAAGCGCGUUUCUGGACUCAGCCACCAGCCAGCUCCGGCUGCCAUUCAGCCAUCCGUUGACCCUACUCAGCUCAACCUCGUGGUCUCUCAGUCAGACGAUUGCGAGGACGGCUACGCUCAGGUCUCCGUGCGCCCCAUGACCUACGCGGAAGUAGCAAGUCGCAACUCCGUGCGCUCGUGGGUCAAGCCCGUGCGGACACUCAGGCCCGUGGAACCGCGUGUUGCUCAAGAGGUUUCCGCAUCUACUCCACGUAAUAUCCAUGCCGAGUCUGAUGAUCUGUACGGAGAUUUGGCCGAGCGGGUCUACCACCCACCCCGCAAAGGUUACAAGCGAUCCCGCCAGCGGGCGUACGUCUAG